AUGGUAGAGUCAAAUUUAUAAGAACUAACAAGCAGACUUCAAUCAGAGAAGGACUGGCACUAAAGUGCUAUCUUUACCGAAAAGGGUGAGAUCCUUGCCAAUAUCAAGGCUGUCCUUAAGCCAGAUGAGAUUCAGUUUUACAUUAAAGCUUAUGAUGACAGAGACACGACUGUUGGCGAAGGAUUUUACAUCAAUGAUGUUCACUUUGAUGUUCACAGAUUCCACCCACCUCUUAUCUAUGGAAGAAGAGGAGGCCCUGAUGAUGGCGAGGGCAUCGCUCUGUGCAGAGUAAAGCCUAGAACUUAAGUAGGAGAUGAGAGAUAUUGGUACCUUCUCAUAACCUACUUAUUGCCAAUAUUAUCUGCCAAAGCUGUCCCUCAAAUGGUCAAAUUCUCUGAGACUUAUCGUAAGAAUAAUAAUUUAUAUCAUUAUAUUCUAGUUGGAAACCCAGAAUGA